AUGCAGGCGUCGAACAUCGUCUUGCUGGAUGUCCGCCAGGCCUGUGACUACGCCGACUACACCGUGAUUAUGACCGCCGAGUCGACGCGGCAGUUGCGCGCGCUCGUCGAGGAUGUGCAUGAUGCGCUGAAGGCAGCCGGAGUCAUGCUUCACCAUGUCGAAGGUUCCCACACGAGCGGCUGGAUUUUGAUGGACUACGGCGAUGUGCUGGUCCAUCUAAUGGGCCCAGAAGAACGAGACUUCUACGGCUUGGAGACGGUCUGGGCGAUGUCCCGUCAGAUCCGGGUCAUUCCGUGA